AGAAAUGAAAGACAAAAUAGAGAGGGAAGACCGGAAGAAAGGCCAGGAAGAAGCUUUUCCUUUUCUCACUUUGCUUUGCAAAAAGCAUACAUACACCUCCCUUUAUAGAUAAUCUAUCUUUCUCUCUCUAGUCUAAAUUCUUUGAAGAACAGAUGAACAUGUACCAUUUCUAACUGCAAUAUUCUCUGCAUUGUCUUGUAUUAUUCUAACAUAAAACUGGACAAUGACAAGGGUAAGUCCAGAGUUUGGGGAUCAGGAGCAAGUCUAUCUUCCGGUGUCAAACGAUGUGAGCUUUUCAUCUAAUCAAUUUCCGAAAUAUAAGUUAGGACCUGAUAAUGAGAUCUUAGACGAGGUCAAAGAGGAUUUUAAGGGUCCAUUCCUGAAGGAGGUAGUUGUUGAAGAAACGAACCAGCUAACAGAACAGCACAAGCGACUUUCUGUUCGGGACCUGGCUAGCAAAUUUGACAAGAAUUUAUCUGCUGCUGCAAAAUUGUCUGAAGAGGCUAAACUGAGGGAGGUGCCUUCGUUAGAGGGACAUGUUCUUCUAAAGAAGCUCAGGGAUGCAUUGGAAUGUUUGAAAGGACGAUUGGCAGGACAAAACAAAGAAGAUGUGGAAAAAGCUAUUUCAAUGGUCGAAGCUUUAGCAGUGAAGUUGACUCAAAAAGAAGGAGAGCUAAUUCAAGAGAAGUUUGAAGUGAAAAAGCUGGCGAACUUUCUCAAGCAGGCUUCCGAAGAUGCUAAAAAAUUGGUUAACCAAGAAAAGUCUUAUGCUUGUGCUGAAAUUGAGAGUGCUAGAGCAGUUGUACAAAGGAUUGGAGAGGCCCUUGAUGAACAAGAAAGAACCUCUCAAACUUCAGGGAAGCAGGAAACGGAAGAACUAAUUGAGGAGGUUCAAGAGGCCAGAAGAAUUAAAUUACUGCAUCAGCCCCUGAAGGUGAUGGACAUGGAACAUGAACUACGAGAACUAAGAAUUCAAAUUAGAGAGAAGUGUAAAAUUUCAUUCGACAUUAGAAAAGAGUUGGCAAUGAACAAGAGAGAGGAAAACAAAUCCCAAUUUUAUGAGCUAAGUGGCUCCGAAAGUUUAGGUUCAAUAUUACGGAUUCAACCUUCCUCAGAUGAAGCAACAGACCUUUCUAAAUGUUUGAUUCAAUGGUAUCGUCUGUCUUCUGAAUGCAGCCGAAGGGAAGCUAUUUUAGGUGCAAAUAAAUUCAUAUAUGCUCCCGAACCAAUAGAUGUUGGACGAGUUUUGCAAGCUGAUAUCAUCUCAAAUGGCCAGAAGGAAUCAGUCAUUACUAAUGGUCCAAUAGAUAAAGCUGCAGAAUUAGACAGCUAUGUGGAGGCACUUUUCCGGAAAUCAAACUAUGAAUUCAGUGUAGUUAUCUCCCAGAUGAAUGGACGGAAUUAUUCAUCGCAUUCAGCACACUUAUUUCAAGUUGGGAAAACAAGGAUGAAGCUUAGUAGAGGAUGGAUCACCAAGGCUAGAGAUUCUUAUUCCAAAUCUAUGCAGUUCUGUGGAUUUAGAGGAGGUGGCAACUCUGCAGCCAAGUCCUUAUUUUGGCAAGCAAGGAAAGGACAAUCUUUUGUGCUAGUUUUCGAAUCUGAGAGAGAACGAAAUGGCGCCCUUAUUCUUGCAAGGAAGUACGCCCUCGACUGUAAUGUUUUGCUUGCUGGACCAGACGACGAUGCUUUACUGUAAACUAGGCUGACUUGUGAGUUUCAUGCUGAUAUGAGAGUAUAACGGGGUUUUCAAGUGUGAUUUUUUCAUUUUUUGUUUGGUGUUUGGAGAUCUAAUCAAACUUCCACUGAUUAUUCAUGUGUGUUCUAGGCAUGGUUUUGUUUUGCCAAAUCAUUAGUGAUUACAAUUUUCUUCUAAUCAUUUGAUUGUUCUUUGCUGAUU